UCACGUACAGCAAAUUUGAAUAUGAUGGGAAAAUUGAUCCGUCUUUCGUGGAAGGUCCAUUUCAACUUCCAUUAUCAAGAAUUGCAGCAUAUAUAAAUGACCCAGUCACUCCCAGGUUCAUACAUGUGAGCUCUGCGGGAGUUACUCAGCCUGACAGGCCUGGACUUGGUUUAAGCAAACAACCUCCCGCCGUCCGCUUGAAUAAGGAGUUGGACUUCAUUCUCACAUUCAAAUUGAAGAGGGAGGAUUUGAUGCGGGAAAGUAGAAUUCCAUAUACAAUUGUAAGGCCUUGUGCGCUUACUGAAGAGCCUGCUGGAGCCGAUCUCAUUUUUGACAAGGGAGAUAAUAUAACGGGGAAGAUAUCGAGGGAAGAAGUUGCUCGUAUAUGUAUUGCUGCUCUUGAAAGCCCAUAUGCACGCAACAAGACAUUCAAGGUUAUAAAUUCGUCCACUUUUGGCAAUUUUUGUCAUGAGAUAUGGAGUAUCAUGUGCAUUAUUUGUUGGUUUUAGCAAAAUAGAUGCCAUCUAUCUCUCUAACAAAAUUAAACUAACUUUAUUAACUCUUGUAACUUAAACAUGGUCAUUUAUUGGUGCUAGACUUGGAUACAAGGUGUUGGACACGGGCAUCCUAGAAUGCCUGACAUAUUGACACAUCCAUGCAGUUAAAUGUUGAAUGUUUGUUGUUAUUUGAAUUACUCAUGAAACUGGGUCCUUACUCAUGCCUCAGUGGUAGACUCACAAGAGUUUCAACACGAGGUCAUGGG